GGAUCAAAUCAAAAACUCAAACUUAUCAUUUACUUCACUUCAACACACUUUCACACUUAAAAUUAAGUCAACAAACAGUGAAACAUUUAAAAGCAAAAACAAAAUCUAAGUACAGACAGAUACAAAACAACAGUGUAGAAGUGCAGAAGUGAGGAAAAGGAGAAAUGGGUUUCACCAUGAGUCUGAACUUGCUGCUCCUCCUAGCCAUGGUGGCUACAAACAUCUUAUCUCUCUACCACCUUUCCUCCACACUUCAGACCCCAAAGAAGCCCCCAACCGCUGCACCUCUUGUCCCUGACCACCUCAUUCAGCAGCUCCACACCAUACGCUCCACCAUCAACCAACUCACGCGCCUCCAACCCACCGCCACCGCCGCCACAACCACAGCCACCAGAUCAACCACCCCGUCAGAUCUCCUCCUCCACUCCCGCCUCUCCCCAAUCGCCUCAUCUUGCCACAACCACGCUGACCUCCUCCACAAGUACAUGACUUACACUCCUUACUCUCUCUGCCCACCGGACUCUGACUCCAUCGCCGAGUCCCUCAUCCUCCGCGGCUGCCACCCUCUCCCUCGCCGCCGCUGCUUCUCCAAAACCCCACCAAAACCCACUUCCUCUCUUCCCCAUAACCCUUUCCCUUCUUCUCUUCCCGACCAAAACGUCCUCUGGUCUGACAAAAACUACUCUUGUAGCUCCUUCAGCUGCCUCGUUCGCUCAAACCCGAAACUUGGCUUCGACCCAUCUCGCGAAAUCGAGAGAUUCACCUCCUACGCCAACGAGCUCGACCUCCCGAUCCCGCAGCUGUUCCAGAUUGCGAAAUCGGCCAACUCCGCCCUCCGGCUCGGCCUCGACAUCGGAGGCGGGACCGGGACUUUUGCCGCGACGAUGAAGCUCCACAAUGUGACUGUCAUUACGACGACCAUGAAUUUAGGAGCUCCUUACAAUGAGGCGGUGGCAUUGAGGGGACUGGUGCCUCUGCACGUGCCGUUGCAGCAGAGGUUGCCGGUUUUCGACGGGGUGUUGGAUCUGGUGCGGUGUGGACACGCCGUGAAUAGGUGGAUACCGGCGACGGCGCUGGAGUUCUUGCUUUAUGAUGUGGAUAGAGUGUUGAGGAGUGGAGGGUACUUGUGGUUGGAUCAUUUCUUUAGCAAAAGUGUGGAUCUUGAUAAGGUUUAUGGACCGUUGAUUGGGAAGUUGGGGUACAAGAAAGUGAAGUGGGCAACUGGGAGUAAGGCCAAUUCGAAGUAUGGGGAGGUUUAUUUGACUGCCCUCUUGCAAAAGCCUGGUUCCAAAUGAGCUUCAAUAUUUGAGGUAUCGCUGCAAAACUGAUUGCCUCAUCAAAGGAUUUGAUUCCCCCGUGCUCCUAGACAUGGAGUCCUCCGUAAAUGAGUUAUGAAGCAAAAUAUUUUAUUUCCACUUAGGUGGGUUAUACAUUUAGCAUGAUAUCAAUGAUGUAAAGUCUUGUAGAAUGAAAAAAAUCAUAGGGAAGUUGAAGUCUAGUUGUAGAUCCAAAGGGUCUUGGGGGAGGGGGGAAGGGUUGCUUCUUGCUUGAGGAGGAUCCCCUUUAUUGGUUUUGAUUGAUUGUUAUAUUUUUUUAACCUUCUCUUAAUAAUCCUUGCUAGAUUAUGUUAUUUC